AUGGAGAAAUGGUCAGGAAGUGAAGAAAUGAAACAUAAAGAAAGAUUGAAUAAGGAGUUUUAUCCUGGAAAACAGAAAAUUGAGUUCAACAUGGAGAAAGAAAAGAGUUUGUGUGAUAGAGACUUUACAGAAGUGAGAGACACACAACCCCAGGGUUUGUCAAGGAAUGCCUCACCCCCAGUGAGACAAACACAACCCCAGAGUUUGUCAAGGGAUGCCUCAUCCCCAGUGAGAGACACAACCCCAGAGUUUGUCAAGGAAUGCCUCAUCCCCAGUGAGAGACACACAACCCCAGAGUUUGCCAAGGAAUGCCUCAUCCCCAGUGAGACAAACACAACCCCAGAGUUUGUCAAGGAAUGCCUCAUCCCCAGGUAUCCAAUCAUUGAUUUAUGGCCAGACACAAGUGUUUUUACCAUCAAGUGUCCCUCCACUACACAACGGGACACGGCCCGGCGCAGACACAACGGGACACGCCCGGCGCCGACACAACGGGACACGGCCCGGCGCAGACACAACGGGACACGCCCCGGCGCAGACACAACGGGACACGGCCCGGCGCAGACACAACGGGACCACGCCCCGGCGCAGACACAACGGGACACGCCCCGGCGCAGACACAAACGGGACACGGCCCGGCGCAGACACAACGGGACACCGCAACGGCGCACACCACAACGGACACGGCCGGCGCAGACACAACGGACACCGCACGGCCGCACACACAACGGGACACGGCCGGCGCAACACAACGGACACGGCCCGGCGCAGACAGAACGGGACACGGCCCGGCGCAGACACAACGGGACACCGCGCCGGCGCAGACACAACGGGAUACCGCACGGCGCACACACAAACGGGACACGCCGGCGCAGACACAAGGGGACACGGCCGGGCGCAGACACAACGGGACACGCCCCGGCAGACACAACGGGACACGGCCGGCGCAACACAACGGGACACCUCACGGCGAACACACAACGGGACACGCCGCGGGCAGACACAACGGGACACGGCCGGCGCAGACAGAACGGGACACGCCCCGCCACACAACUACACCCCCGCCAGACACAACGGACACGCCCCGCAGACACAACGGGACACGUCCCUGCGCAGACAAAACCCAACCCCGGCGCAGACAAACGGACACGCCCCGGCCAGACACAACGGCACGCCCUGCCAACACAACGGACCAUCCGGUCGCAGGACACAACGGGACACACCCGGCGCAACAAACGGGACACUCCCCGCGCAACAAACGUGGACACGCCCGCCAGACACAACGGACACGCCCCGGCCAGAACCACCGGACACCCGGCGCAGACCACAACGUACACACCCGGCGCAGAUCCAGGACAUCCCGGCUGCAACACAACGGGACACCCCGUCCAGACAAAACGGACACCCCCAACACAACUUGAACGCCCGGCCAGACACAUGACACGCCCUCUCAGACAACUACACGCCUCGCAACACACACGGACACCCCCUGACACACGGUAA